GGGAAAAACCCUAACAAAUGCCUGGAGUGUGGAAAGAGCUUUACUCAGGGUGGACACCUCCGUGAACAUCAAAGAAUUCACACAGGAGAAAAACCAUAUAAAUGUCUGGAAUGUGGAAAGAGCUUUACUCAGGGUGGAUACCUCCGUCAACAUCAAAGAAUUCACACAGGAGAAAAACCAUAUAAAUGCCAGAAUUGUGGAAAGAGCUUCAGUCAGAUGGGCAGUUUUUAUACACAUCAAAGAAUCCACUCAGCAGAAAAACCCUACAAAUGCCUGGAGUGUGGAAAGAGAUUCAAUGUCAAGGGAAGUUUUUAUAGACAUCAAAGAAUUCACACCGGAGAAAAACCCUACACAUGCCUGGAGUGUGGAAAGAGCUUCAAUGUGAGGGGAAAUUUUAAUAAUCAUCAAAGAAUUCACACUGGAGAAAAACCCUACAGAUGCCUGGAGUGUGGAAAGACCUUUACUCAAGUUGGAAACCUCCGUCUCCAUCAAAGAAUUCACACUGGAGAAAAACCCUAUAAAUGCCUGCAGUGUGGAAAGAGCUUUGCUCGGGAUGGACACCUCCGUCAACAUCAAAGAAUUCACACAAGAGAAAAACUUUAUAAAUAUCUGGAGUGUGGAAAGAGCUUCACUAACCGGAGAAAUCUUUAUAAACAUCAAAGAAACCAUUCAAAUAGUUAAGAAAGUUAAAUACUUGGGAAUAUACUUAAUAGCAAGAUGUGCAAUGAUAAAAGAAGACAAUUAUAUAAAACUAGCUGGAUACCCAUUCUCCACUACAAAACUAUGUGAUCGGGCUUGAUGAAUCAACACUUACACCUUGAAAAUUAAUGAGUAGUUACGAAUGGCCUCUCCUCUCCCCUUCUCUCCCUCAGGCUGGCCCCACUGAUCCUCUCCUAUCCCUUUCUCUCCCUCAGGCUGGCCCCAUUGAUCCUCUCCUAUACCCUUCUCUCCCUCAGGCUUGCCCCACAGAGGCCUCUUCCUAUCUUAUCCCGUUCUCUCCCUCAGUCUAACUUCUUAGCAUCAGAGCAUUUUUCAGGUGGGGAGGGGAAGUAGAACGUCUAAACUCCCAGCCUGCAGGCCAGAUCAGUCAUUCACUGGCCUUGCCCCCGCCCAAGUGGCAGUUGGAACAGAGUUCUUUUCAGGUGGGGAGGGAGAGUAGACUGUCUAACUCCUUAGCAUCAUAGCGUGUUAAUAAUAUAAGAAAUACUAAUGAUCUGAUGGUCAUUUCGAAAAAUCCUUUCUUAGCGAGCACCUAGAAGCCAAGAGAAACAUAUGUGCCAAAUUUCAAGUUUAUAGGCUUUAUGGUUCUGGAGAUUUCGUGAUGAUGCAUGUGAGUGAUAUUUCGCUUUAAUAUAUAUAGAUUACUUAAGCAAAUAAAAUUAGAUUUGGAAAAAUGGAAAAAUCUACAUCAUUGCUGGGAAGAAUUGCUACAGUAAAAAUGAAUAUUCUACCAAAAUUGCUUUUCCUGUUCCGAACAGCACCUAUAAAAAUUGAAAAGAAAUUUUUUUCAUGAUUUGAAUAAAUUGAUUUUGUUUUACUGCUGUUACAUAAAAGGAACAUUUUACUCUCUCCUUUAUUCUUAAGGUUUGUUAUUAGCAGUUUUGUUGUUCUGUAUUACCUCAUAGUUUAAUUUGAAUUAUAUUACAAAUUAUUAA